UGCGGGCCAGUCGGCCACCCAGCCAGGCAGCCAGCGGGCGAGCACCCCGUUUUCCCAAACAACGUAAGGCUCUUUGAAAGCGCAAGGAAUGGGAGAAAAUCCCCCCUCUGCGCCAACCAUUAUUCCUGCUCAUCAGAGUUGUGCAUGUGUGACUCCAAGUUGAGAGGUGGACCCGCUUUGGUUGGUGGCAAGAAUAUCGCCAGCAAUCUUGCGAGUUUUCUCAUCUACCAGCAAAGUCUUUGUGAGCUUGAAGAAGGAAGGAGCUGGAGAGAGGGCGACAUCCAUACGUAGGGGAUUCAAUUCCGAGCCACCCAUCUUUUUGAGUCGGACUGCAGUGGUGUUUCCAUAUCCCAGUGCGGCAUCUUCCAGUCGCUUUCCAUCUUACUUCGUCGCCCUCAUUGGGUGGAUUGUUCGCAGACGUGGAAACACACAUCCAAGCCAGAACUAGUCUGUUCCACAGCUCGAGUCAUCCAGAGCCAAGAGAGAUUAAAGUGGGUUCUUGGAUUUUGAGGAACCCGCUUAUGUCUUUGUGAAUUGGUGGUAAUACUGAUAGCAGUGGCAUUGUCAGUCUGACAGUGUUUAAACGGGUGUGAAUAAACCUUGGUAUUUCUGGCCAGCUGCAUCUAUUUCGAGUUUGUGCCCUGAAUGCCUGAUUUGCAUAGUAUCAAAGUGUGGAGUGACAAGGAGAGAGACGGAAAAAAAGAAAGAUCCAGCUCGGGAUUGGUGCCAAAUACUGAGCACACACACUCACUUAUUCAAAGUACCACUCAAACGGUCUCGCAUCUGCGUCGAGAAGUCGAACUAGCAAGACCCUAACCGUUUGGCGCCAAAGUCAUGUCUGACUCGAAUAAACAAGCCGGUGGAGGGGAAACGGAUACUGAAACCAUUCCUCCGCCUUCGGAUCACAUCUUACCGGCCAAAAGCGAAGACAAACUCGAGAUUGAAAAGGAAGAGAAAGAAAGGGAAGCCGAAGAAAAGGCCAAAAUAGAAGGCAAAGAGGGUGACGAGGACGAUGAGGAUGAAACGGACAGGGCGGAAAGCAAGGGUGAACGGGAGGGCGAGAGGAAAAAAUUCAAAAUAAGGACCCCCAAAUUUCUUCGAUCCAUCUCCAAAGAGCGAAAAAAGGAUAGGGAGGAUAGGAGCACUCCUAAACAUGGAAGUGACAAGAACUCAGACGACAAAGCUGAAGACGACACCAGUAAAGAGCCGUUGGACAAUCACGAUAAAGACGAAAACGAGGAUGACCCAAAAUCUGAAGAUGAAGCUGAAGAAGGAGGAGGCAUUCUGGAGACAUUGAAGAACAGCAUGCCGGCCUUUCUUGGAGGCGGGGGCGGCAAGAAGUCGAAGGAAAAGGAUAGCGAGAAAUCCGAGGAGGAGGAAGAGAAGGAACUCCUCAAGAACGAGGACAAAGAAGAAGACCCCAAAGAGGAGGAGAGUCCCAAAGAGAAAGGGAAGGAGGAAACUAAAUCGGAAAGAGAAGCCAAAUCGGACGAGGAAGAAAAGGAGGAAAAGAAAGAUACCGAAAAGGACACCUCAUCUGAGGACAGCAAGGACACAAAGAAGAAAACGGGCUUCCUGGAAAGCCUGAAAAACGUGUCCACUCAUGUGCCUGUCAUUUUCACUCGGAAGCCCACAGACAAGGUGGAAGACAUCGAGUCUGGCGAACGCAAGAAGCUACUCAAGGCUAAUGAAGACGAUGAGCAGAACUCUCCUAAGGCUGCAGGAGCAAAUGACUCGUCCAAAGACAAAAAGACUGACACUGCCCCCAACGAGACAGGAUCCCUUGUCAAGGAGAAGAAUGAGACUGAGAAGAGAGACCUCGAGAAAGGAGAGGGAUGCAAGAAAGAGCCCCCCACCGGGACCAAAGACCAAUGUGUUCAACAAUUCCACGAGAUGGACCGUCAUAAACAAUUGGCCUUGUGCUGUAUCGUUACUGCUCUCAUCCUCCUGAUUCUUGUCAUUGUACUCGUGGCAGCUUUCACACCCGUGGGUUGGGCCAACGAGGCCAGAUUGAUUGGAGGCGGAAAAUUCAUUGAGACUCACACAACUUGUGGCCCCGUUGAAGGGUUGGUUGAUGGACUGGACCAGUUUUCUUUCAAAGGCAUCCCGUACGCCGUGCCAGUGGUUGGCACCCAAAGGUUCACUCAUUCCCGGGCAGCCACGAACUUGGCCGAGUGCUUCGAAGGCAAGUUCUUGGCCCACGGACAAAAUGCAUCGGCUAAAUGUUGGCGCAGAUAUCCGAAUGGCGAGGUGAACGGAAAUGAGGAUUGUCUCACUUUGGACAUUUUCACUUCGAAUGUUGUGUACAACGAACUCAUGCCAGUUGUGGUCUACAUUGGAGGAGAGGAUCUUUACGCAGACAUUGAAGCUGAACUAAAACCGAACUCCGCUUUAGCCAAGAAGCAUGGUGUGGUGUUCAUUGACGUGAACUUCCGCCACGGAGCUUUGGGUUUCACCUCACUACAAUCUUUGGCCAAGCGAACCUAUCCUCAAACCUCGGGAAAUUACGGACUCGGCGACAUCAUUUCGGCUUUGCAAUGGAUUCAACUGAAUGUCCAACAUUUUGGUGGACAUCCGUCUAAGGUUACCUUGCUUGGCAGGCAUUCUGGGGCAUCGAUGAUCAUGGCUUUGACCGGAUCUCCCAAAGCCCGCGGCCUUUACACUCAGGCAUGGAUCACCAAUCCUGCGGGAGCUUUCGGGAAUCAAACUCUGAAGGAUGCAAAUGAACAAAACAAGAAAAUUUUGGAGAACGUAAAAUGUGGAAAAGAUGAGGUAGAUUGUCUCUUGGAUACCGCUGCCGAGGAGAUAACCAAGGCUGAACCAUUAGAGUGGAUAGUGGAUCCUGAAUUGCCCAUGAAAAGUGAAAAGGAUCACUCUUGGCUCACCAUUGACAAGGAAGUCAUCUUCGAGAGCCUCCCGUCAUAUUGGCACAAGACGCGCUUUUCAAACGUGGCGCCGUUAGUUUUCGGAGCUAAUGCCCAAGGGAUGGUAAACGAGAACAAUGUGGCCAAAUUGGCCUGGAAUGAAACCCAAGAAUAUGUCGAGCAUGUGGAUAAAUUCUUUUCCGAAUUCAACGACACCUUGUCCGAACUAGUCUUGGAGCAUUAUAACACGACUUUCACAAACAAGAAUUGGCAGGCCUACGCCUCGAUGGUCUCGGAUCUCCGGAUGAUUUGUCCACUUCUGGAAACGGCCCAAGUGGCCUCCAGGAACUUUGUGGCCAAUGUAUAUGCCUAUGUUGUGACUCAGCCACGGACCAGUGAUUUAGGUGACGUCGCCGACCGCACUUUGGAUAUCGAGGCCAUCUUCGGCCUUCUGAACACGAACGACGCGAGUGUGAGGAAGUUCUCGAAGAACAUGCAAGACAUGUUCUACCAAUUUGUCCGCGAUGGCACCCUUCCUCAGAACAAGGAUCUCACGGUGGGCAUGUACGAGGUGAGCGAGAAGAUCAGCACCCAAACCAAUUAUCCCUCCUGCGAGUUCUGGAGGAGUGUCGGCAUGGUCACAAGUCACGUCUACAAGUAUUAACUUCCUUCGCAUUCACACUGUUCUCAAUCCACCUGUGGAUAACCCGUUCUCAAGCCCCUUUGUGCGCAUCGUCCCGAAGGAAAGAAAUAUCAGUUCCAUGCCAACGAGAUGCGCCUCCAAGUACAAAAGUCGUCAGGAUUUGUUAGUCAAGCCUUCCCCCAUCCCCCCCAUUUUUUCUACUCUCUCCAAGUUCGGGGAUUGCGAUUUGAUGCCCAACUAGGUUGGUUCACGUUUGAUACUUUUGAUGAAUAACUGAUUUGUACUGUACGUAUGUAUGUCUACAUGUGUAAUAUAGAAGACUGUCGUUUUCAGGUUAAUCCAAUCAGCCCUAAUAAAGAUACAGAAACCCUUUG